GAUUAUAAAAGUCAGGUUUAGAAAACUAUAACUGAUCACACAAGUCAGGGUCAGGGGCUAUACCUAGAGAGAGAGAGAGAGACAGGUUCUCACCACUCCAUGACUCUUGAAUCGAUCAGGGUUCCUAGGUGGUGGUGGCAGCCGAGGGUCCGGAGUGCUGGAGGCAGGCAGAGCCCCCAGCAUGAUCAGUCAGAAGAUGGAGUUCCUAUGGAACUGAAACAGAUUUUGGAUCCAGGCAUCAGAAAACUUACUUGAGUGUGGGUAGGGGGUUUUGUAGGGAAACAAGAAUGGUUCCAGGGAGAACACUAGAUUUGUUUAUGUGUAAACUGAUGGCUCAAGGGAAUAUACCAAAGUUGUAUUGUUCAAGCUAGACAAUAGUUACUGAUCAUUUCUGGUUAUAGGCAGUGUUCCUUCAAGGGAGCUCACAGUGUAAUUAGGCAGCUUCAGUAUUUUGGAUACCAAUAAAGGAUUUAUUAAAGCUAAUGUUAAAAAAAAAAUUACAUAAUACACAGGUUAAGAAAAGAGUGUGUGUACAUCUGAGUAUAGUGCUUAGAUUAUCCACUAAUACGAAGUUUGUUUUAAAAGUCAAAGAUACAUGAAGUACAUAGUCAGCAAUAACUCAAAUUUAGGGGAAUAAAUUUAACAAUACAGUUUAGAUAUUAGAAUCCGAAUACUUGGAUACAUCACUCAUGAAAAGUUAUACAGAGAGUUGUUUGUCAAAAGCAAAUAUAUCAUUGAGUGUAAAUUGUCUCUCAGUAAUUGAGAAUUUGCAGGUGUGGGUUCAUUAACAUCUGGAGCAGAGAUUCCCCCAUCAUGCAGUGCUUCUCUGCUUUUCUGGUCCCAGAGUUCAGUGCGGUUCUUGCCUUGGAAUCUCUGUUCUCCAUUCUCCAUGCUAAUGGAGGUACCUCCUUGUCCCAUCUUCUAUGAAAAUGAGGCUAGGGAAGUUGCCUUAAUCCUGUCACCCUUGUCCGGAGGAGUUUAGGUGUGUCUCCCACGGCCUUUUCAUUGCUUUUUGUAAGUCUUUCUUCUGAUUGGUUUUGGGUCAAGCAGAGGCGGUGGGGGGGUCCUUGAAGAGUCAGACAUGCCGGAUACUGUGCCCUGGUUCCCCAAGCACACAGAGCUGAUAGGUAACACUGCCUGCCUGGGGCUGGGGGCAGAGUCCAAGGCAGCUCAUUAAUUGGUUGUUGCCACCAGAGGGCUCUGGUUAUUGCUAAGGGAGAGGAGGAGGUGGGUGCGUGUCUCUCUCUGUUCAGGAUAUUAGAGCUCUGGAGUGAGCUCCCUGGGUCCGAAGCUGCUGCCUCCUGUAUUUUGACCUGGGAGCCCAAACCUAGAAUCUGCUUCUUAUCCAGCAGAGGAGAGACCUUUGUUAAAUCCUGCUCUGUGCCCCGCCCAGUUGAGAACUUGCUGUGGUGGCUGGAACCAGCCCAUGGGGCAGCCCCGGGCUCUACCGACACAAGCUCCUAAGCCGGAGCCUACAGGUGAUGGGGAGGACCUGGGGGAAAGGGCUGGAGCCGGACAGGAAAGUGACUCUGCUCAAAUGGCCCUUUUCAGGGACCUGCUGGUGACUUUGGCCUACAUGAGGAGGGGGCUCCCUGUGUGUCUGUGAGUCCCAGAACUGCUGCCCUCAUGGAUGCACCCAGGUUCAAACCUCUGUUACCAGUGGCUGAUCUGCCUAAUGAGACCAAAGCCCACAACAAUGGAGCAGUCACCAUUUCUCCUAAGGCAAGGGACAAUGAUAAAAAAGAAGAGAGGAGAGACUGGAAGGGGCACCAGGAAAAACAAAUGGGGAGGGAGGUUCCCAGCUCCCAAACCUGCCCGGAUCCGUUCCCUGCAUCUCCUGGGAACAAGAGGAGGAGCUGAGAGAGGGAAAAUCAGUUGCUGACUCUGCUGAACAUGGCACUACUUGGGGGGGGGGAAGGGGAGUGUUAGAGGGGGUGACACGACAAUGUCAGGGGGAAUCCCCCAAAGUGGCUCCUUUGAUUCUGCUCUUUUUCUGGCAUUCAGCUCAGAGAUGCUGCUACGGAGAGAAUUUAAAAGUGCCCCAGUAGGUUUAGUUCUUCUGGGAGGGGCCUGGCCUGGAUGGUAAUGAACUAAUUGGGUUUUUUCCCAGCAUGGCAGAGUCCAGAGCAUCUGUCUGCAGGGAGAGAGCCUGGGGGGAAUCAGGGUGUGACAUGGACUCAAGCCCCUUCUGAAACCUUCCCAAUAGCCCCUCUGGCCCUGACAGAUUUCACUCGAGAUCAUCCCGUCUUCCAGGAGACAGGGAAGGGAAAUGGCUGUGAUGGAGCCAGCUCAGAUGCCGGUGACCUUCGAGGAGGUGGCUGUGUAUUUCACCCAAGGGCAGGGAGCUCUGCUGGACCCCAGUCAGAGAGCCCUCUACAGGGACGUCAUGCAGGAAAAUUAUGAGAUGGUGACCUCGCUGGGAUUUCCCAUUCCCAAACCUGAGCUGAUCUCCCACCUGGAACGAGGGGAAGAGCUGUGGGUGCCCGAUCUCCAGGCCUCCGAGGAAAGAGAGAUCCUGAGAGGCCCCGGCACAGCAGAUGAUGAGAGAGUGAAUGAGAAGAAGGAGGGGAAUCAUCAUGAGGAAGUUCCUGGGGAAGUGGAACCACAGGAGACCUUUGUGGGAAGAGCUGAAGAGAGUUUAUCCCAGUGCUUGAAAGAGGGAGAAGCCUGGGGAAAUUGGCACAGGUCAGAGAGGCAGCUGGAAAACCACCCAAGGAAGAAAGUGGAUGAAUCUAUUAAAUGUGGGGGAGUCUACAAGGAUCCCACAGCCCAGCAGACAAAUACAAAGGAAGAGAAACCCUAUCAGUGCCUCGAAUAUGGGAAAGGAUUCAUUCUGAGAUCACACCAUGUGACACAACAGACAAUCCAUACUGGAGAGAAACCCCUUCAAUGCUUGGACCGUGGGGAAAGCUUCAAUAACCUCUCACUUCUUAAUAACCAUGGGAGGAGCCACAUGGGAGAGAAACCCUAUCAAUGCCUCGAGUGCGGAAACUGUUUAAAUUGGAAGUCAGCAUUAAUUACACAUCAGAUAAGCCCAACACGAGAGAGACCCCAUAAGUGCUUAGACUGUGGUAAAAGUUUCAUAUGGAGAUCACACCUUGUUAAACAUCAGGCAUUCCACAUAGGAGAGAGACACCACAAGUGCUUGGACUGUGGGAAAAGUUUCAUACAGAGGUCAGACCUUAUUAAACAUCAGGCAAUCCACACGGGAGAGAGACCCCAUAAGUGUUUGGACUGUGGGAAAAGUUUCAGGAACAGAUCAGCACUUUCUAAACAUCAAGCAAUCCACACAGGAAAGAGACCCCAUAAGUGCUUGGAUUGUGGGAAAAGUUUCAUACAGAGGUCAGACCUCAUUAAACAUCAGGCAAUCCACACAGGAGAGAGACCCCAUAAGUGCUCAAACUGUGGGAAAAAUUUCAUGAGGAGGUCGGACCUUGUUAAACAUCAGGCAAUCCACACAGGAGAGAGACCCCAUAAGUGCUUGGACUGCGGAAAAAGUUUUCUAUGGAGGUCAGACCUUGUUAAACAUCAGGCAAUCCACACUGGAGAGAGACCCCACAAGUGCUUGGACUGUGGGAAAAGUUUCAUACGGCGCUCAGACCUUGUUAAACAUCAGGCAAUCCACACAGGAGAGAGACCCCACAAAUGCUUGAACUGUGGGAAAAGUUUCAUACAGAGGUCAGACCUUGUUAAUCAUCAGGCAAUCCACACAGGAGAGAGACCCCAUAAGUGCUUGGACUGUGGGAAAAGUUUCAGAAACAAAUCAGCCCUUUUUAAACAUCAGGCAAUCCAUACAGGAUGGAGACCCCAUAAGUGCUUGGACUGUGGAAAAAGUUUUAUACAGAGGUCAGACCUUGUUAAACAUCAGGCAAUUCAUGCAGGAGAGAGAUCCCACAAGUGCUUGGACUGUGGGAAAAGUUUCAUACAAAGGUCAGACCUUGUUAAACAUAAGCUGAUCCACACAGGAGAUAGACCACAUAAGUGCUUGGACUGUGGGAAAAAUUUCAUACGGAGGUCAGACCUUGUUAAACAUCAGGCAAUCCACACAGGAGAGAGACCCCACAAGUGCUUGGACUGUGGGAAAAGUUUCAUCCAGAGGUCAAACCUUGUUAAACAUCAAGCAAUCCACUCAGGAGAGAGACCCCACAAGUGUUUGGACUGUGGGAAAAGUUUCACACAGAGAUCACACCUCAUUAAACAUGGGAGAAUCCACACAGCAGAGAGACCACAUAAAUGCUUGGACUGUGGGAAAAGUUUCAGAAACAGAUCAGCCAGUGUUAAACAUCAGGCAAUACACUCAGUAGGGAGACCCCAUAACUGCUUAUGCUGUGGGAAAAGUUUCACACAGAGCUCAGCCCUCAUUAAACAUCAGGCAAUCCACACAGGAGAGAGACCUCACAAGUGCUUAGUCUGUGGCAAAGGUUUCAUAUGGAGAUCACACCUUGUUAAACAUCAGGCAUUCCACACAGGAGAGAGACCCCACAAGUGCUUGGACUGUGGGAAAAGUUUCAUACAGAGAUCAGACCUUAUUAAACAUCAGGCAAUCCACACAGGAGAGAGACCCCAUAAGUGCUUGGAUUGUGGGAAAAGUUUCAGAAACAGAUCAGCCCUUUUUAAACAUCAGGCAAUCCACACAAGAGAGAGAGCCCAUAAGUGCUUAGAAUGUGGGAAAAGUUUCAUACAGAGGUCAGACCUUAUUAAACAUCAGGCAAUUCACACAGGAGAGAGACCUCAUAAGUGCCUAGACUGUGGAAAAAAUUUCAUGAGGAGGUCAGACCUUAUUAAACAUCAGGCAAUCCACACAGGAGACAGACCCCAUAAGUGCUUGGACUGUGGAAAAAGUUUUCUAAGGAGGUCAGACCUUGUUAAACAUCAGGCAGUCCACACAGGAGAGAGACCCCAUAAAUGCCUGGACUGUGGAAAAAGUUUCAUACGGAGGUCAGACCUUGUUAAUCAUCAGGCAAUCCACACGGGAGAGAGAUCCCACAAGUGCUUGGACUGUGGGAAAAGUUUCAGAAACAGAUCAGCCCUUUUUAAACAUCAGGCAAUCCACACAGCAGGGAGACCCCAUAAGUGCUUGGAGUGUGGAAAAAGUUUCAUACAGAGGUCAGACCUUGUUAAACAUCAGGCAGUCCACACAGGAGAGAGAUCCCACAAGUGCCUAGACUGUGGGAAAAGUUUCAUUCGGAGGUCAGACCUUGUUAAACAUCAGGCAAUCCACACAGGAGAGAGACCACAUAGGUGCUUGGACUGUGGGAAAGGUUUCAUACAGAGGUCAAACCUUGUUAAACAUAAGGCAAUCCACACAGGAGAGAGACCCAACAAGUGCUUGGACUGUGGGAAAAGUUUCACACAGAGAUCACACCUCAUUAAACAUGGGAGAAUCCACACAGGAUCUAAACUUCUGUGACACAGGGAAGGAAAGGGUUAAGCAACUUGCAUGUAAUUGACCCAGAUUCAACCUUUAGAGAUAUGUUAGAAAAGUGUGUCCACAUUAGAUAAGCUUGAGCUUUGAAAUGUAAACUUGUGUUGUUAAAGACAUGGAAGGAGAUGGUAACUCUAGUAGUCAAUGUUUACCUUUAUCUUGUUAGAGGUUAACAAUGGAACCAAACGGUUCCUGUCUAGGCUAUAUUCUGUUAAUUCAGAGAUCAAAAGGGAAUAUUAACAUUUAGAUGAAACUUAGGUGUAAUAAUGUCAUUGUCUGCACGUCUCUUUAAAGUUUGAGGUUAACUGUCUAUGAACUGCUUUAUGGAUAAUUACCUUAUGUUAAUCCCUGUAAUUAAUUACUGGUGAUGUUUAGGAAAUAGAAGGUUACUUCAAAAGCCUAGUGAACAAUAGUUCACCCAAGGAGUGAGUGCUGACGAGAGGCUGAAAAAAUCUGUAUAAAAACUCUUGGGACCUGAUCUUUUUAUCUCAGAUCUUCUUAAGCUUUAUUUGGGGGAAGUUUGAGUCAGAAGACUGAGAUCUCCAGUCCCAUCUGGACCUCCCUGAUAACGAAAAUUUGGACAUUGGACUAUAACCUGAUGAAAUGAUGCUGAAAAGGAUUCUUUUCAAUUCUAAAGCACCAUCUCUACAGUGAAACUGACCUAAGGACUCUAUUCAUAUCUCCUUUGUCAUGAGAUUUUCUUGUCCUUUGAACAACGAAAAUGAUGAGCAUCUAUCCGCUGGAGUGCUAGAUACACACUCUGAGAGUCAGAGACUGAAAUGAGGAAGGAAGUGACUGCCUGAUCCCCGCAGAGAUGUGAGAUACAAUCAGGAUGGGGAGAGAGUGGUUGGGUGGAAAGGACCUUGACAUUAUCUGAUUAAAAUACGACCAUGUUGAACAUUGUUGCUACCACUGUGAUAUAAUUGCAAUGAAUCUUACACAAACUGUGCUGCAUAAGAUGUCAAUGGAAAGGGUAUGAUUUGCUGAAUCUGACUAUGCUACUUGUAUGUAUGUACCAUUUUUGUAUUUGAAGUUAUGACUACUGGCUCUAUACCUGUAUUACAAAAAUGUUUGCUCCUGGGUAACACGCACAAGGUAUUUCGCCUGCACAUCUUGGACGAACUAUUCAAGUUGAGUGGCCCAUCAAAAGAACACUUAACUCACAAUGGCAGAUGCCCACCUACACUGAACGGACUUUAUGUAAUGGCCUCUACUGUGAGUGACUAAGCGAAAUCAGGUAUAGACAUGUGACUUGCCCAUGUGACUCCACAUACCAUCUUGUUCCUGUGGUUUGCCACAGUGAGAACAAUGGGGUUCCCUUCACUUGAGAGAAGCUAUAAAAGGCGCUGGAAACAUCUCUGUUUUGCCUUUUUCCUGCUCAAACCUCUGGACUAUGGACUUAUACUAAUGGGAGCAUUCUAACCAAAGGACUGAGGACUUUCCAAUGAUUUGGAAGCAACCAGAGACUUGACUAAAGCCAGCAGUUUAUUCCAUCCCUGCUACAAGCCUGAACCAAGAACUUUGCAUUUAUUGUAUGUAUUGAUUCCUUUAAUCAAUUUUAAGUCUCCCUUUCUUUCUUUUUCAUAAAUAAGCCUUUAGAUUUAGAUACUAAAGGAUUGUCAACAGCAUGAUUUUUGGGUAAGAUCUGAGUAUAUAUUGACCUGGGUGUGUGCUGGUCCUUGGGAUCAGAAGAAUCUGCUGUUUAAUUAAAUUA